AACGGUGUCCGCCCGCGAUUAGGCAUUCAACCGGCGAUCCACCGGUCUGCCACCCGACCGUACUUAAGGUCGGCCGCACACCGGCACAUUGUUCAUUCUCGUCCUGCACUAUUGUCCUGCACCAACUGACGCGAAAAUCAUGUACCGUCUAACCGUCGUCGUCUGUUGCGCCCUGUCGCUGUUUGUCGCCUCCCAGGUAAACCUCAUUACAAUAUUAUAAUUAUCAUAUUUAUCGUGUUAACACUAAAACUAGGAUUUAAAUUUAAACAGACACCUUUUAUGAUAAAUACAUUAUAAUGAUCUUUUUAUGUGUGAUUUUCUAUAUUAAACAAGUUAAAUAUAUUUUAUUUGAUUCGAUACUUUAUGUAUUUUUAUGUAUUUUACUAUGAUUCCAUUUUUAUCACAUUUUGUCAAUAUGCUGACUUAUAAAAUAAAAUACACUCUGUGCAACAUUAUAUUUAGCUAUGAGAUUGUAAAUGCUAAAAUUAUUUUAAAAAAAUAUGGUUGUAUGUUAUUAUAAUCAACACGAUUAAUGUAUUUUUAAAUAUGAACAACUGCUGUCUUGAAUCUACUUCGUUAUUAAUAUUAAAUACCAGGCAGAGUUAUAAUUUUGAUUUUUUAACUAUCAUAAUCAAUUUCAUACUUUUUAGUAAGAUCGUUAUGACCGUUAUUUUUUUCAUUUCAAACAGGCGACUGAAACCGUCCUCGAGUUCGGUGGCGAACUUUUUGAACACUGUGGUACUGAUUGGACGUGUGCUAAACCUAAACUGCUCAAGUACUUCGGUGAUUCUGUGCAAAAGGACGAGCUUAGGUUAACCAGGGACUUGUCGUUGUUGCGCACUCAGUCCGGUGAGGACGAGGAACAAGUGGCCAACAUGGUAACGCAUUUAUAAUAAUUAUUUUUUUUAACUUUCUCUUUCAAAUUUUUCCUUACAGCACGUCUUAUUAUGAUUUUCAUACGUGCAUAAUAUUAGUAUUUUUGUAUAGAUCCCAAAUGGUGAUGACUACAAAAACGCAAUGCGUGAAAACCUGGCGCUCCGGGCUUUGGACCGUAUUGAUGAUUUUUUAAGCACUCACGAACUCCGUGUGAACCUGCCUGAAGAGCUACGGUCUUCCGUUGGCCAAAUUAAAAUGCCAUUGACUGACCAAGACGCCACUGUCAACGCCGUACAGCAGGGACGAAGUGAGUACUCUUAUUUAACUAUUAAAUACCUUAAUACGGGGAAGGGUAAGGGAUAUGGUGAAUUUCGGUGGUUUUUUGAAAAGACGUUAAUUUAUGAUUAUAAAAUAAAAUUGAUUCGCAGGCCGUGGUUUUGUCCGGAAAAUAGUCAUUCCGUUCUUGUUGGGACUCAAGUUCAAGACGACCGUGUUGAUACCGAUCGCUAUCGCCGUCAUCGCAUUAAAAACGUGGAAGGCCCUAACCCUCGGACUCCUGUCUUUAGUCCUGUCAGCCGCCAUGGUCAUUUACAGGUUCACUAAGCCCAAGGUGGUCGGCGUUGAGAUACUACACUACCCGUCGCCGGUGCACGCGCACCACCACGACGGAUACGCGCACGCCAGGGCUUACAGCGCGCAACAGCCCACCGAGCAGUAAUACGAAGUUCAGAAAACGCCAUUGUAUUAUAUUUUAUCUAUUUAUUAUUAUUACUGUUACUAAAUUAAUUAUUUAUUUAUUGAGUUGACCGAAAAAAAAACCACAAACACUCGCAAAUAUUAAAAAACAACGUUUCGUUAUUUAUAUAUGCAAUCGAGUGUUUUAUUGAAUAAUCAUCCUAGCACAGUAUACAUUUGAUCGUUUAGAUGAUAAGCAAAGACGGGUGAGUUAAUUUGAAAUAAUGAACUAUCGGUUUAAAGAAAAUAAAACAGAGUUAAAAUUUGAUUAAAAAAAAAUCCCCUUGUAAAGUUAAAAUGC